CCUGCAGUGAUGGAAUAAUAACAAUAACAGGCUGACCUUGUGUUGAAUUGCAGUACAGUAUAGCAUUUGUUAAAUAAAUACUUUGAGGGACAUUUCAUUAGGUAUGCACGCACAAUCUGAUAGCUGCAUGAAAAGGUUUGCCUUUACAUUGGUGUCGCCCUGAUAAUGUUCACUAUUGAUUGACUCGGUCAGAGAGGUAUAGUAUAUACAGUAAAUGACAACUGUCAAGCCGCAGAAGACAAAGUUUAUCAUUUGCACAUGACACUGGUGCGUUCUAUUCAGGGGAGAAAAAACAGGAGCUCAUGAAAACAAUCACAAUGGAAAUGAACAAAUGAAAAAAGGUAGUGCGCAGUCAAUGCUGAGACACGGAGAAGGGGUAGGAUGAAAUGAGCUUUGCUUCUUCCUAUUUCUUUUCGUACAUGUUGAAUUAUGCAAGUGUAAACAAACGUGAUGUACUUCAAUUUAAUCUCGUUAUGCAUGAAAACAGCAUUACCAUUACAGUAAAAUGGCACAUUAUAUUAUGUAUUUAUAUUGGUAUUUGGGAUGCAAAUGUUUUGUGGUUAAUAAGUGCCUUACCUUUAAUGGAUGCCUGGUACUCUCUGCCAUUCAGUAAAUUAACCUUGACCCUUGGUCACUCGAAGAAAUAUAUAUUCUGUAUUGUUUACUAAAUACUUAGAUUGUUGUUGAUUUUUUCCUCUUUUGCUUGCAUCCCACUAAGCAUGUCUGCUGGUCAUGAAUCCUCACUGGCUGCUGAUGGUGGCCGCCAUGGCAACAGCGGCCCAUCUGGGUGGUACAGACAACGAACUGGAUUACUAUGGGCACUGGAACUACAGAGACGGAGCUGACAGAGUCGACGUGUCGUCAGUACGAAGCUUGACUAAAAUUCUGGAUUCGUGGGGGAAACAAAUUUUCAAGGAAAUCAAGACUUUGCUGCAUUCACAACCUAACACAGUGCUCCCUGACUACUCCAGGGUGCGCCCUCUAUCAGAGACAAUCAACGACCUGUUCAGAGAAGUCUCCAUGCUGCAUCGGCGUAUCACAGAACUCUCCCAUCGCCUAGCAACCCUAGAACCAUUCCUCCGUCGUCAUGGCUACCGCGAGGCGGGUGACGGGGAUGGUCUGGCUUUGGCACGUCAGAGCCUGACAGGAGAGGCGACAAGCCAAAACACGGGGCCGGGGGCAGUCCCAAAGAAGGGGAGUCGGCUGGUGAGGAGGCGAAGGGUGAAGGUGUUUAAGAAGAAUGGGAAGGUGAGGGUGGUGCUCAGUGGCAGCUAAAGGAUGAGAGGACCAGGUUUUCAUUGAGGAACUAUAAUCUAAACAAUACCGUACAUUUCUAUCAUGUAUAUUUCAUUUUUCCAUGUGACAGUAUAUUGACUCUGACUCUAUACAGUACAAUCCUUUGAUUCAGAAAAAAAAAAAAUCAUACUCACAUCCUCAAAUAUGU